UCUGGUCAAGAAGUGGCCAAUGGCUGGUGGCCAUCUGUCAGAGGUUUAGUUGACUUCUGUCAGACUGUUACUGUAUUUACAGUUGCUUCUUUGAAAUUCUUCCUUGAAAGACAAGUACACUAAUAUCUCUUUUUAUAUUAUGUCGAAUCGUGUUACAGAAUAGCAUGAUUCAGAUAAUAGAUUCCCAGCAGCAUUGCAGUUCAUUUAUUUAUGAAUCCCUUUUAUUAUAGGAGAAAGGUCCAGGCAUCAGAAGUUUUUCUAUCCAUAAUAAACGCUCUCAAAAACCAGAUUUAAACUCAUGACUGUAAUUUUGCUUUCAUGUUUAUUUAAAUCCUACAUUGAUUCUCAAAUGAUUCAUCCAAAAUACAUUUGACACCACAUGUUGCAUUUAAACAUGACUUAUCUUUGUCAUCAUGAUAAACAUUAGUUCUUUCAAUUGUAAGGGUUCUCAUGUUAGAAUGAAAACAAAUCAACUAUGUAACCAAAGGUAGAGGGUCAGCAUUUAUGACCAUCUGUUGUAGAGAGAAAGAUCAACUAUGAGAUUAGGUGGAGAGAUUUUUCUGGAAUCAAUCCAGCCCUGCAGGCUCUGACUGGAACAAUGGCGUGCAGCAGGUCAGACACCCGUCAGGUUAUCUGUCAGCUCUAAACUCUCCGCAGGAGCCUGAGGAGGGACAGGAUCGGGAGGCUUAUGUCUCUGCAGGAACAUAAAAAGACACAAACAGAGCUCAUUGAUCUUAUGGUGAACUGAGGGGAAGCAUGCUUGACUUACACCAGCAUCUACCAUCUGUUAAUUCCUCUCCUCAUGGUUAUCUGAUUUCAGCGGGUGUGGCAAAGGUUUCUGUCUGGUUGAGUUAUAGGCAUGCCAAGUCUUCAGCCUGUGUUCUUAAGUGUAAAUAUAUGCAGAUACUUACAUCAUUUUCUUUCAUCCUUUUAAAUCUACAGAAAACAGGAUAUGGAAAUCACAAGAAAGAGGCGUCUGUUGGCCGCCAGCGCCUGUCCCGUCAGUCCACAGCGGGCUGCAGCAGGGACGAGGCCGUCCAGCCCCGGAGACUGAACGGCUCUCAAGUGGAGGUACCGAGCUACCAGAACCUGCACCGGGAGCUGCUGCUCAGUCAUAAACGGGGCCUAUUUCCUGAGGAAAAACCGGAGCUGAAGCGAGUGCUGGAGCAGCGCAGACUGGAGUUGCACAAGGAGGAGGAGUUGGCCAGAAGGCGACCCUCAGAUCUGGAGACGGAGCUCCGCAAGAGGCAGCAGAAGCUGCAAGAGUAUGAGCAGGAGGAGAUCAGGCAGCGGGAAAACCAGCAGAAGAUCCCGGAGUUUGUCCGUGUGAAGGACAACCUGAGGCGGACACAGACCUGAGGCUCCGAGGCUCCCAUCAGCCUCUGAAGUAUUUCCCCAUAGUGGCCCAGUUCACAUUGUCACUGUCUGCGGAGUGUCAAAUCAAAAUUAAAAAAGCAUCACAGGCAUCAUCUCACUACACAUGUCUAUUUAAGGAUCAUGCAGGAAACGAGUUUAUUUCCAAAAAGUAAAUGUCAAGAAAAAGACAGCUUGCAGCAUUUUAGUUGUGUUUUUGUCAGAUAUCUUUGUCCAACCCUUUCUAACACCUUGUUACAGUUCAAUUUCUGAUCAGGGAUUGAAAUAACUUAUUUUUUAUUUAUAAUUAUACAGUAUUGAUCAACAUUUGUUGAGAACAAAAAGAUGAAUAUGUUUGACGGUUUUUUUAUGGUGAUUUAGCUUUUACAUUUUUUUAACUUGUCAUACUGCCUCUUGGAUUAAGGUUAGAGUACGGAUCACAUCAUUGUAAUUCUUUACAUUUAUAAGAUCACUAUGCGAUUGUUGACAGACACAUUUCUCAGCGAACUGUUUUCUAUUAAUAGAAAUCCCCUACAAUGUGUAUGUUUGUGUAUUCUGUUUCGGUCAUGACUUCUGGAUUUUAGUGUGUGUGUGUGCUGUGGAAAUAAAAUACUUUAUGGUUUGC